CAGACAGGCAGGGUGACAAUAUGUAGAUGAGGCGCCCAACACACCGCUUCAUUUUUCUAAACAAACACUGCGUCGCCACAACACAUUCUCCCAGUUACGAUCAUUUGCAUUUGUCCUCAACAGCCUCAUUCACUCAUCAUUGCCUCCACUUCACAAACACUCGCAAACAAGCGUACAAACACACACACGCGCUCGCUAAACACCCACACACGCACACACACGUACACAAGGACACGUAGUUUAGCCCAGUCACAAGUUCAGAGAGUGAGGAAAAGAAAACGGAGAGGGACAAACGGAGGCGGACAUCGAAGUCACCUUGUGGGACUCCUUCUGGCCUGGCGACGCGCGGCAACCCAGGCAGUGGCACCGACUCGAGGUCUUGGUGACACUCACGUCCUCAGUGUCACUCCGGGUCACACAGAGGUCGGACGGGGCAUCAGGCCAGGCCGCGGAGCACAAAGACAGGUCACCAAUAAGGCACGGAGGUCACUGAGAGUGUGUGUGCGUGUGCGUAGGGUAUUGAAGGACAGGAUUCGAACCAGGAAACGAAGCCAGGCCUCCGUGCACGCAGACAGGUCACCAAGAAGACACAAGGGUCGCCGAGUGUGUGUGUGUCUGUCUACGUGCGUGCGUGUGGCCGUGUGUAGGGCAUUCAAGGUUGGGAGUCGAACUGGGGGACGAAACCAGGCCGGGAGCACACUGAUAGGUCACCAUAACACGCAGGGAUCGCGACGUGUACAGGUCCUCCGUGUGUGUGCGUGUGGGUGUGCAUGUGCGUGUAUCGGCGAGGAGUUCCCGGGGUCCAUGUGUGUGCGUGGCAGCUCCCCGGCUCGUGAUUGUGUGCACGUGUGUGUGUGACGGGCGGGCGGCGGAGGGGACACACACACACGCCAUGGGGAAGAGGAAUCACCCCUCCCACCACGCCUCCAGGGGGCCCGCCACCCCCCCGCACGCCCCCCGCGGCACCCACGCCUCCUCGCCCACGCCCAGGACACCCCACGCCUCCCCCAGCAAGAGGCGUCGAGGGGAAGCCACGAGCCCCGGCAAGGCCGCCAUGACCGCCAAGACGCUGACGAUGCUGGAGGCGCUGGAGGGGCCCGGGGACGUCCUGCGGCUGUCCCCGUCGGAGGCCAUCAAGCAGGAGGAGGACGGCGAGGCAGCAGGAUACCCCAGCCACGCCCCGCACCCCAGGACCCUCCCCUCCGCCUCCCCCCCGCCGCCAGCCACGUCUGCCGCCGCCCCUGAGACGGACAUCUCUUCGGGCUCCUGCUACCCCGUGUUUACCUCCCCUGCGGUGCCAGCCUCACCCCCGGCGCCGCUCUCAGCCCUCUACACCCCCCAGCAGGUCCACGUGUCCUCCCCCGCGUGUCAUCAGCCCCCAGGACCCGCCGCCGGCGCCUACACGGGCGAGCCCCUGGGGCCGCUCGGGGGGAAGCAGCGGUGUCACGCCAACGCCAGGGAGCGGGAUAGAACCCACAGAGUCCCCACACUGAACAUCGGAUCGUGUCUUCCCAGCGUGAACAGCGCAUUCAGCACCCUCCGGACCCUCAUUCCCACCGAACCGGCCGACCGAAAACUCUCCAAGAUUGAAACUCUCCGCCUGGCCUCCUCCUACAUCAGCCACCUGGGCACGCAGCUCCUGGCAGGCCCCGUGGAGCAGCCCUGCCUCCGCCACUCCCAGUACAGCUACACCGGGGCGGGGGAGCGGCGCCCCGUCUGCACCUUCUGCCUCGCGUCCCUCAAGAAGCAGCAAAAGGCCGCCUCGUCACCAGGGGCGGCAGAGGGCGUGCUGGGGGGCGCCGCGACCCCCGACCUGUCCUACGUGAAGGCCCCCGCCCUGGAGGACCCCGCCUUCCAGGUCUGCUCCUUCCUCUUCUGACUCGUCGGAGGGACUUGUUAAGGGUCGUCCCCGCCGCCACCAUUGCCACGACGAGGAAUUUUGGCUUCAGAAAGUUUAGUGUGAAGAUCGACAUGAAAGAUCGAACUAUAUAUGCGAGAAGAGAAAAGAGCUAUAUGGGUUUUGGUGUUACGAGUUUUAAAUGAUAGUUUCGCUGUCAGUACCAUCACUGCCACGCUCAGAAAUGUUGUUGGCUUAAGAGUGAUCAGUGUGGAAAUCUAUAAUUGAAAUUUUCCACCGUGUAUACAAAUCCGGCGACGAAAGAUGAGUCGUGGCGGCUUUGAGAGCUUCGCCACACUCAAAUGUUCCUCCCUCUUGUGUAUCUUCCUUCCAAUUCUCACCCCCCCCCCCCUUCCUGUACUCUUAUCCUCCCUCCAACCCUCCCCUCCGCUGCUCCUCUUUCUCCUCCCUCCCAUUCUCACUUGUCCAGUUCCUCCCUUCUAAUCCUCCCUCCAGCCCUCGCCUCUCCCCUUCCUUCUUUCAUUUUCUCUUUCCAAUUCUCACCACAGUGUAAAAAUAAAUCAAAAUAUAGACAGAAAAGCUCUGCUGUACACAUUAUCUUCAGCAAGGGUAAAGAUCCUGAGUUGUGGCGGCCCUGAACAUUUUGAUUAUUUAACAGAUUUCUUUGUUUUAUCGUUUUUUUUAUUAUUUUAUUUUCCCGUUCAUUACGUGUUCGUCGGCCGUUCACUUUGUUCCGUGUGUGUGUGUGUGUGUGUGUGUGUGUGUGUGUGUGGAGAGAACACGAACAGUACUUGUGCACGAGCGGAUAUGAACAGUGAACUGGUGAUGCAAAUGUGUACUUCGUGACUUGUGCGAAUUACCGAAACAUAAGAGAAAAAAAACCUAAACAAUAAUGAGGCAAAUAAAAGACAGAUAUAUAGAAACCGCCUCAGAUGCUAUGGAAAGACAAAGACUCGAGCGCCAAUCAUCGCUCUUUCGUCGUUUAUUGUGACGCACGUGAGAGAGAGAAAAAUAUCUUACCAGUAUUGUGAAGGCAUUACGCGACCUCUGUAUAAGUUAUUGAGUUAAUGAAUAAUGAUUUACUACCCACAA